CGCCACUUUUGUUUAACUUUAAAGGGCCUUUGUACUGGGUACAUUCUUUCGGGUGGGCACAGCACCAGCCACUUCAUUACAAAAUCUGACCUCCUUUGAUACGACCAUACCGGGACUCCAUGACUAAGAGGAAAAACACCUCUAUCUCGGUGGGGCAUUGUUCGAAGAGGGCAAAAUCUGGCCAUGAGGAAGCUUUGAGCGACGAGGACCAGCAUUCGAACGCACAGGUUGCCUACUACCGCCCUUUGACUUCGCACUCACUGACCGUCUACGAACGGUCUUCGGCUUCAAACCAUCCAAAGUCGGUCUAUGACCGGCCUUUGAACAGUAUACCCGUUAUCAAUUUCCUCUGCAUCGUUGCACCCCCAGAUCCUGACACGGGUACACUCAUGUUUCCUUCUGUAGAUGGAACUUCCUUGGGCAAGAAUGUGUUGACUGCUCAUGUUGCUUCAAAAACCCCCAAUCUUAAAGGUAGGGACUUGACCUCAAUUGCCCAAACCCGUUUCCAUCAAUCAAGAUUGUUCUCGCAACUUCCACCUGUGGAAAAGAUGUUGAUUAUCAAGCUCCACGAGCCACUCCUAUCCGACGACUACCAAAAGCUUUGCUCCCAGUUGCUGCAGUUCACAAACCACCCCAUUGAAGAUAUGGGCAUUUACUGGCCCAUUCCAGCACGAAUUCCUUCGCUAGCUCCUAACGAUAGCAUGUUUCAGUUCGUUGUUGCGUAUCCAUGUCCACAGGACAUGGAAUCUUUUGAGCCACUGCUGCCUAAAAACCCUACAUCUGAAUCUGAAUCUGAUAAACAAGAUGACGUAGAAGAUAGCGAAGAAGAUUCAGAUAAGGCAGGGCUCGGGGAACUCUAUCACGCUCUACGUGCGUCAUUGGGAAUCGAACUCGUUGCCUCUGCACAAGGUGUUGUGGCAAGCAGAAAGCUUACCAACGACGCGCGCUACUGGGAAGCUUCUAACGGUGUGGUUCAGCCAGUGGCACCAUCGCUCGCCUCUCGCGUGGCUGAGCUUCAGGGUACUGACCGACGAGUUGACCGAAGAGUUGACAACGGACGGCAUCCGCACAACGCUGGAUCUGGUACAACCGGUGCGUUCGUCGGUCUGUACAAUGACGUGUUUGCGGAGUUUCUACGAACCCGUGAGGAAUGUAGGAACGAUUCCCGAGGCGUCGCGGUAUUUACCGAUGUUUUCCUGAAAUCAAUUUACGAGCUGGUCGAAUGGAUGCGGCUGCGAACAGGGCGUUUUGGCGAACGGGAUCAGGUUGAUGCCAUCGUUAAAACUCUCAAGCAUCUCCUCGAGGGUGCUGGUCUGAAGCUCUCGGUCAGAGAGAGAACACAAACAGGCCCCGAACCAGACAUUGUAUUGCAGCUCGUGGUAUAUAGGGAGGGGGAGGAAGAGAGGGAAACUCCCCUCGUUGUCUUCGAGAUCAAGCCUGGAGGCUCCAAACACGACGCGAUGGUCCAGGCUACUCGUGGAUGGCUCGAAAUAUUGAAGGAUUUAUGGGACAAGAAAACCGUGACAGCCUGUUGCGGUCCUUGCUUCUUAAUCUCUUUCUAUGGAACGUCUCUCGCUGUCGGCGGUGCGGCAUUGCCCAACCGGCCAGUCGCUUAUUACCUGACUGGGUAUGAGUUGGUUCCCUACGGUGCCUUUCCAACCGACCAUAUUCGAAUGUUCGAGCUUGCCUGCACCUUUGCCGCUCUCCAAGUUUCCCUUGGUACGCUCAUCAAGAUGUACAAAGAGCUAUACAAAUCGCAGACACCAGCAAUUGAUAUUACGGUGCUCGAGGUUGGAGACAUCUCCACACAGGCACAUCCUCGUUUCUUUCCGUGGCCUCGGUCAUUCGUCUACAAAGGCAAAGGCUCAGGUGAUGCCGUCGCUUCCCGUCGAGUCGCCUUCCGAUACAUUCGUCCUCUUCGAUCGGCCAAUUUUAGUUCCGUAUUCAAGGUCCAGGUGGUCGCUCCGCCAGAUCCCGAGAAAGGAGAGGUGGAUCCGCACCCGACAGACGAUGAAUUUUUCAGAGCCAUCCCCUGGCUAAGCUCCAAGGAUUCAAAGACCCACGGUCCUGUGCCGGUGGGCUCAUACCUGGUCGUAAAGUUUGUGCUCGAGUACGGAAGCGACGCCCACCAUGCCAUGGCUAAAGCCGACAAGGCUCCCAAGUUGUACUCUUGCGAACCUUUUGAGAUGUGUGGUGGCUAUCAAGGUCUCCAGAUGGUUGUCAUGGGCUUUGUAGAAGGAAGAACGCUAGCCGAUGUUUCAGUUACAACCACAAUCAAGGAGGAUGUCAAGAAAUGCGUUGGUGUUUUGCACCAGCUCGGUUUUGUACAUGGCGACUUGUGCGAACAGAACUUCAUCGUUGACAAGGGCACCGGGUCAGUCGUUAUGAUUGGCUUCGACACUGCAGUCCUCAAAACGGAUAAGGACGAGGGCGAGGGACCCCAACACCCCCACGGUUCAUCUCUGACCCGUCUUCAAAGAAAGCUGCUGAAGGUGCCAGAAGGUGGUCUUGAUCCAUGGAGAUCAUUUGAAAGGUGUAACAAGGACAAGUACUCGCUGAGGUGGAGCCCAACUCAUUUCAAAGAUCAGGUUGACAGGACCAUAAGCUGGGAGGUGGAUUCUCGUAUGCUGGUAUCCAUGAUAAAUCGUUUAACAGGAACGCUAUAGCUACCGCUCUCUCUUAUCAUUAUAUUCUUUCCCAUUUCGACUCAUCAAUAAAAUCGGACGACGGCCUAUCAAAAGAAAAACAGUUGAUCCGUUGUAUUGUACAGUCGUUAAGUUACAGCGACAUCCAAAAUUGUAGCGCAAUUAUGAUUUUGUGUAGCUAUAUACCUUCAACUUUAUACCUUCUGGGGGCAGUCAAUUUUCUGUAUCAUGUUUUCUGUUUUUCUGUUGUAUGUGAACUUGUAGC